GCUCAUGACUCGAGUAUAACUUUGGCUCUAUCGAUUGGGAUUCAAAGGCUUGUUCUCAAGAGGCUUGUUCACCAUUCUUUCUCUCUGGCGACGUGCUGCACGUCUUACUCGUCUGACGAGUUGUAACACUACGCGCACUAUGGCCUCGUCAGCGACCAUCGAACUCGCCCAGACGGGCAAGCGCGACCUGCUCAUCUCGCUGGAGAAGAAAUACCAGGAACGGUGGCAACGCGAACGUCUCUUCGAGGCCAAUGCACCGACACCAGAGGAGACAGCAGGGCUCUCGCAGGCCGAAAUCAGGGAGAAGUACCCCAAGUGGUUUGGCAACUUCCCCUACCCGUACAUGAACGGCUCCCUGCAUCUCGGACACGCGUUCUCAAUAUCGAAAAUCGAAUUCUCUGCUGGGUACCACCGCCUACUGGGCAAGAGAGUCCUCUUCCCUCUUGGUUUUCACUGUACGGGCAUGCCCAUAAAGGCAGCCUCGGACAAGAUCACGCGAGAAAUCGAAUUGUUUGGACCCGAUUUCUCCGGAUUCAAGCCUGACGAAGAGCCCCCCGCCGAGGAGGUGACGAACAUCUCGUCUGUGACACCAAAAACCGUCGACAAGGCCAAGAAGGGCAAGGUAGCGGCCAAGGCCACCGGCUUGCAGUACCAAUUCCAGAUUAUGGAGUCGAUGGGCAUUCCUCGCGAGGAGAUCUACAAGUUCGCGGACCCGUACUACUGGCCGAAGUACUUCCCGCCAAUCUGCAUGGCAGACAACGAUGCUUUCGGCUCGCGAAUCGACUGGCGGCGCUCGUUCAUCACGACGGACGCGAACCCAUACUAUGACAGCUUCGUGCGCUGGCAGAUGAACGCCCUAUACAAGACGGGUAAGGUCAAGUUCGGCGAGCGGUACACGAUCUACAGCCCGAAGGACGGCCAGCCGUGCAUGGACCACGACCGCUCGGAGGGUGAGGCGCUCGGCCCGCAGGAGUACACCGGCAUCCGGAUGGAGGUCGUCCAGUGGAGCGAGGCGGCGAAGAAGGAGAUCGAGAGCAAGGUCGGCGGGCGCAAGGUCUUCCUGGUCGCGGCGACUCUGCGACCCGAGACGAUGUAUGGCCAGACGAACUGCUUUGUCGGCACAGCGAUCAAGUACGGCGUCUUCGCAAUCAACGACCAGGAGGCGUAUGUCUGCACAUAUCGUGCCGCGCGUAACAUGGCGUACCAGGGCAUCAUGGCCGUCCAUGGACAGCUCAACCAACUGGCCGAGGUCGAGGGCACCGCACUCGUGGGCACGAAGAUCCAGGCGCCGUUCUCGGUCUACCCCGAGGUGUACGUGCUCCCGAUGGAGAACGUCCUCGCGACGAAGGGAACCGGUGUGGUCACGUCCGUGCCGUCCGACUCGCCUGACGACUACACGACGUUCACGGAUCUGCGCAAGAAGGCCGAGUUCUACAAGAUUGAUCCCUCGUGGGUCGCAUUCGAGCCCGUGCCGGUUCUCUCGACGCCCGCGUACGGCGACAUGACCGCCGCAGCGCUGGUCAAGAAGCUCAAGAUCCAGUCGCAGAAGGACAUCAAGCAGCUCGCAGAGGCGAAGGAGAUUGCUUACAAGGAGGGCUUCUACAACGGCAUGAUGGUCAUUGGCGAGUUCAAGGGCUUGCCGGUGCAGGAAGCCAAGACGAAGGUUCGGGACAGCAUGAUCGAGAAGGGCCUUGCGUUCGCAUAUGCCGAGCCCGAGGGCAUGGUCGUAUCGCGCAGCUCGGACGAGUGUGUUGUCGCGUUGAUGGACCAGUGGUACUUGGACUACGGAGAGCCUACGUGGCGGGCUCAGGCCGACAAGGUGCUCGCCAAGAUGGAGACCUACCACCAGGAGACCCGAAACGCAUUCGAGGGCGUCCUCGCUUGGCUCAACAAGUGGGCGUGCGCUCGUUCGUACGGUCUCGGCUCCAAGUUGCCCUGGGAUCCGACCUUCCUCGUCGAGAGUCUGAGCGAUUCCACGAUCUACAUGGCCUACUACCCAAUCGUGCACUUCCUCCAGGGCAACACCGACGGCAGCAAGCGCGGCACGCUCGAUAUCACCCCAGAGCAGAUGACCGACGAGGUCUGGGAGUACCUCUACCGCAACGGCCCCUGGCCUGACCCGGCGCCCGUGGAGAAGGAGAAGAUCGACAUCAUGAAGCACGAGUACGAGUACUUCUACCCCUUCGAGGUCCGCUCGUCUGGCAAGGACCUGAUCCCGAACAACCUCACGUUCUGUCUGUAUAACCACGCCGCACUAUUCCCCGAGGACAAGUGGCCACUGUCGAUGCGGACAAAUGGACACUUGAUGGUCAACGGGCAGAAGAUGUCGAAGAGCAAGGGCAACGCGAUGACGAUGCGCCAGUGCGUGGAGAAGUUCGGUGCGGACGCGGCGCGGCUAUGUCUUGCGGAUGCUGGCGAUGGUAUCGAGGACGCCAACUUCGACGAGAAGACGGCGAAUGCCAACAUCCUGCGCCUGCACACGCUGAUUGCGUGGUGUGAGGAGAUGACUACGGACCAGUCUAAGUUGCGCAAGGGCGAGCGGAAUUACCACGAUCGUGUGUUCGAAGAGGAAAUCCUCAAUUUCGUCAACAUCACGAAACGAUGUUACGAGGAGAUGCAGUACAAGGACGCUCUCAAGUACGGCUUCUACGAGCUCCAGUCUACUCGUGACUGGUACCGUGAGGUCACUGGCGACGUCGGCAUGCACGCAGAACUGCUUGCCUGGUGGAUUCGCGUCGCCGUCCUCGUCGUCUCGCCCAUCGCACCCCACUUCUCCGAGCACAUCUGGACGGCCGUCCUCAAGGAGCCGCAGUCCGUGCAGCUCGCGCGCUGGCCCGAGUCCAGGGCAACGGACCAGUCCAUCCUGGACGCCGCCCAGUACAUGCGGGGCACCAUCAAGACCAUGCGUGACGCCGAGCUCAGCCUCCUCAAGAAGCUGAACAAGGGCAGGCAGGGCCAGGCGGCGUACGACCCCAGCAAGCCGCGUGCCGUCCGCGUCUACGUCACGAACGACUACCCCGAGUGGCAGAACAAGUGCGUGGAGGCGGUGAAGGAGGCGUACGCGCCCGAGGCGGACAAGGUCGACGACGCGAAGGUCCGCGAGCUCCUGAUGAAGAGCGGUCUGAUCAAGGACAAGCGCGCCAUGCCCUUCGUGCAGCUAUUCAAAAGAAAGAUGGCCCAGUUCGGUGCUCAGCAGGCCUUCAACCGUAGACUGCCUUUCCCGGAGGUCCAGGUGCUCACGGAGAUCCUCCCCUAUCUGAAGAAGACCCUGGACCUCGUCGACGCGGAGAUCUACACGACUGAGGAGGCGCUGGCGAAGGCGGGAGAGAAGGGAUUCAACAAGACGAUCAUUGAGAGUGCAGAGCCCGGAAACCCUGCUUUCGAAUAUCGUAACGUAUAGAAACUGGUACAUAUAGAUGUAGGAUACACUAAUUUUGCUGUCGAACAAUCGCAUGAAACAAAGACGUAUGCUCAGAUAUACCUGGUGGCCUGGCAGGAGCAGAUGAUCGCACUGGUGAUGGUAUACAAGAUAAUGCAUUAACGAGAAGUACACAUCUACUAUAUACGAACUAUCCGACCACGCUCGCGCGAAUGAUACAGCCUUGUCCUGUGUGUGCACCAGUCCAUCACGAUGCAGGAGCGUAGUUGUGUCUGUAGAUGUAUGCGUCCUCCGUUGGCGGGUUUGCCUUGAACAGCUUGCCCAGGCGCUCGUCUGAGAAGACGACGUCGGCAGGUCAGAAUACAACCACGAGCAAUGAGCAGCGUACUCACAGGUCGGGUCAGAGUCAAUGUGGUCAAAGUACUUGAGCUGCCACGUCGUCCCAGCAGCAGCCUCAUCUUUCCUCCGCUGCCUCUGCUCAUUCU